CUGACCUCAGAUACGUCUGAACUGUGUAAGUUUGACCCCGGUGACCUGCAGUCUCUGACCUGGCUGACCUCAGUGGACGUCCCACGUCUGCAGCAGCUCCGCGCAGGCCGAGCCGAGUUCAGCAUGAGCGCUCAGGACCAACUGCAUGCAGCAGCUCAGCUGAGUAACAUGAGCGUGGCUGGAGGAGGGACAUCCAUGGUCCAUCUGCAGAGUAACAUGCAGCACAGCCCUCUGGGAAUCAGCACUAUGCCGCAGUUUUCUCCCAGUUUUCCGUCUCCUGCUUCGGUCUAUCAGACCUCUUCCCAGCAGGUGAUGACUUUCUCCCAGUCCAACCAGCAGUGUUCUCCUGGAGGACUCUACAGCAACUUCAACAACCAGAGUUUAUUCACACAGCAGCAGAUCCACACUCCACACAGCCAGGAGACACAGCCCAAAACCUUCCCCAAGCCCAUCUACUCCUACAGCUGCCUGAUCGCGAUGGCUCUGAAGAACAGUAAGACAGGCAGUCUCCCGGUCAGCGAGAUCUACAGCUUCAUGAAGGAACACUUCCCCUACUUUAAGACAGCACCAGACGGCUGGAAGAACUCCGUGCGGCACAAUCUGUCUCUGAAUAAAUGUUUUGAGAAAGUGGAGAACAAGAUGAGCGGCUCGUCGAGGAAGGGCUGCCUGUGGGCUCUCAACCCGGCCAAGAUCGACAAGAUGGAGGAGGAGAUGCAGAAAUGGAAACGUAAAGACCUAACAGCAAUCCGACGCAGCAUGGCCAACCCAGAUGAAUUAGACAAGCUGAUCACAGAUCGUCCAGAGAGCUGCAGACGGAAACCGCUGGAUCCUCAGCUUGCUCCUCCUCAGCCGGUUCUGUCUCUGCAGUGUCUUACUGUUCACCAUCAGCUCCAGCUGCAGCUCCACGCUCAACCCCAGAUAACACCGACAUCUCCGGCUCCUGCUCAGACACCACCACUCCACCCUGUACCUGAACUCGUCAAACAGCCGCCGCUGCCACCACCACAACCUGCAGAGAUCUUCAGCGUCCACAGUGAUGUCCAUUCUGAGGUGGAUGCUCUGGACCCUAGUAUCAUGGACUUCGCCUUACAAGGAAACCUUUGGGACGAGAUGAAGGACGACAGCUUUAACCUGGAUGCUCUGGGUUCCUUCAGUAACUCCCCCCUGCGUCUCUCUGACUGUGAUCUGGAAGGUGUGAGCACCACGCCUGUGUCCAGCGCUGCUGAGAUUCCCUUCUCAGGCGUUUACACAUCUUACAGCACGGUGGAUGGAUUCACCAACCAGUACAUCAACACACAAGGCAGCAGCAAACCCAUCGUCCUACAUUAAACACACACACACACACACACACCCCUACCAAACAGCAAAGACCAGCUUUACUCCAAAGGACCAUAAACAAAGGAAACCGUGGGUUUUGAUUAUUUCAUCAUUAUUCUUCCUUUUAAUUUUCUCAUAAGCCAAACCAUACUGUAUCAAUGGACAGCUUUCCUUACACACACUACCAGUGACGCAGAACCUCUGGAUCUCUAAUGGUACAAAAAAUAGGACAAGCAUAAUGUUCAACUCAAAUCAGUCUCCAGCGCUGAGAGAAAAGUAAACCAAACAGCAAAUUUCUGGAAGAGAAGAAAUAUAUGAAUGCUUAUGUACAUACAAGUCUCCAUAGAUACAGCUACAUUUGGACGUUGUACAUUUUGUCUGCACCACAUGUUAGCAGAGCUUAGAAUAGACAUGUGCUGACAUUAUGUUAUACAUCACAGUCAUAAACCUUUAGCCUUUGAUUACAGUUUAUUUCUACAUACAUGAUGUAGAGUCUCAGCAGGCAGUGGUGUAUUGAAGCGUCUCGGUGUAUCAGCGAUCAGCACAUGUCUGUUCCUAAUAAAAGUCUGCUAACUAAAGAGAAAACGUCAUGUUUAUAUCCGGUGCUUUGGAUAUAUCCCCCUUCAGGUGCUUCGUGUACAUUUUAAGGCUGUAACUAAGCUACUUCCUGUUUUAUUAAAAGGGAAUACACUGUGUUUUUAUUUUUCACGUUUGCAUGUUAGUGUGUUUUCCGUAGCUUGUGUGUCUUCUGUUGUGUUGUAAUAGGCAGCAAGUCUCCUCUGUAAUUAUUGAUUAUUUAUAUUUCUAAGCCAGAUGAAGAACGGUGUGUGCUCACUGUAAAUACCUACACAUGUCCAAAAUGAUUACUGGUGAUCACAGACACUCUCUGACAGCAAAUUCUUCCACAUAUUAAAGGACUUUCCCAGCAAUUUCUAAAGCAUAUCCAUAUAUAAGCGUGUACAGUAUGUUUCAGACAUACCCUCAUGCAGCACUGAGUAAAGGGGUAAAGCCACUGUGGGUUAAUAACACAUAAUAACAAAUAUAAUAAUCAGGAGAGACAGCGCGUGUGUGGGAACGUUUAGGUCGUUUUAU